AUGACGGCAAUGCUGAUGGCGCUUGGGUGGGUGUAUAGAUGUUCGCUUACAAGACCGCACCAACGAGCGGUCGACAAACGGCUUCCUGAUUCGCGGGUUUGUUCAUGCUCAGCGCGCGAAGACGCCAAGCCGCGUCUCUUUGGCUUGUCUGGAUCCAACAUGCGCACAUGCAUAAUGUGUGGCACACCCAGUCUCCAAUUCCUCGACUGUACGGAUAGAGGCAAACAAAAUGAAAGGAAAAGUGCCUUAUGGGUCACAGGCAGCGAAGGGAAAAGAAAAAGGAAAAGUCCCGCCGAAGAGGCCGCUUGGACCGGCCGGCUCAAGGUAUCCAACCAUGGCCGUGCCCAACGUCGACCGACGAGUACAGCCGUCUCUGCGCCUUUCUCUUCUUAUCAGCCUGUAUUUGAUGAUGGAUGA